AUGAGGCAAUCUGCUGCAGAUGCAGUGGUACUGUUAAAAAACGAGCAUGGUAUCCUACCCUUGCCUUCAUAUGCCAGGCGAGUCGCUGUGAUCGGUCCCAAUGCUAGUAGGGCGCAAAUUUUCGGAGGGGGAAGCGCUGCUCUACGACCGACAUACACCAUAAGCCCUCUUGAAGGAAUCAAAUCCGCGGUCGGUCCAGACACAGAAAUAGUCUAUGCAAGAGGAUGUGAUGCACAUAAGCUGACACCGCUAAUUUGUCAACCUGGCUUUGACAUAUCAUUCUAUAACGAUCCACCAUCAACAUCAGCAAGGCAACCUAUACACUCACUUACCACAACCAACUCAAAUAUGUUCUUCAAUGAUAAUUUGCCUGAAACACUGAAUAGAGCAUGUUACGCUACUGCCACAGCAACCUUCACUCCUUCACGCAGCGGGAUAUAUGAGUUUGGCACAGGUGCUUUGGGUAUUGCCGAUCUGUACAUCGAUGACUUUUUCGUCGGACCACUAGCGCUAAGCUCAAGAGGCGGGCUGAGAUUCGGCGGGUAUCUCAAGUUGACUCCUGAAGAACAGGUACGAGAAGCAGUGGAUCUGGCCCGCUCAUCAGACGCAGUAAUCAUCAUCGCUGGGCUGAAUGCUGAUGUCAGGCCCGAUACAGUGAUUUGUAUCCAGAGCGGUACUCCAGUGGAGCUGCCUUUCAUCGAGCGGUGUUAUUCUUUACUACACUUCUUCUAUAAUGGGAAUGAAACGGGCAAUGGUCUGGCAGAUGUCCUAUUUGGCAGACAAAAUCCAUCGGGGAGAAUACCUUUUACGAUACCAAAGGAGCUGAAGGACUCUCAACCUCACAAGAAGAUCGAGACAUUCCCUGGGAAAGAUGGAAAAUUCGCCUCGAGCGGUCCUGGUCCUGCAUUCGCGUUCGGCCAUGGUCUGAGUACCACCACCCUCGCUCCAUCCGACACUAUUAUGAUUAGCUGCACGGUCAGGAACUGCGGUAAGAUACCGGGACGCGAAAUUGUACAAGCCUAUGUGUCCCCUCCAGCUUCAACUUCCAGACCAAAAACAGAACUGAAAGGCUUCAAGAAGACGGCUUUGCUGAAUCCUGACGAAGAAGAAAUUGUCGUAAUCACUCUGAACAAAGAGUCUUUCGCACUUUGGGAUGAGGGAUGGAAAGUCGUUGCUGGUCAGUAUGAGGUCCACUUGGCAUCAUCCUCCAUAAAUAUCAAACAAACCGCUAUAAUCCAUUUAGAAGAGGCUUUUGUAUUUUAG